AUGACCAACGGCGAGCGCAUGCGCCGCGGGCUCCCACCCAAGAAGCCCCACUUCCGGCGCGCUGCAGGUACGCCGCCUCGCCCUCUCCUCUCCAGGAACGGCAACGAGUUUGGCGAGUACGGCUACACUACGACGCGUGAUGACGCGCUCACGGUCACCAUCAACAACUGCACGGGUUCGCCGUUUGGCAUUGUCUCUUCUAAUGGCUACCAGGCGUACUCCUACAUCGGCGGCAUUUCCGGCUACGCGAACGACAGCCCCGAUCUCCGUGAUGGGAGCUCCAACUACGUUUACAUCGGCGGUGUCACUGAGACCGACCCGCUCGCCACCCCACAGAACAUCGACAACUCCUUCACCGCUGCGACUGAGAUCCAGGAGGCUGCCGAGAGCGCGAUCUGGAGCUUCCGCAAUGGCGGAGACGGCCUCCGAGCGCAGUGGGUGAACAGCGACGGAUCCACUCCCACCAACAGACUUGUCUAUGUCCCUGACGAAGGCGUUUUUGUCCUCGUCGGCGAUGUCGCUGCCUUCGAGAAUGCGUUUGGGCCGGUGUCUGAGGCGGUGAGUUCCUGUUGCUCUUUGCAGCUUUGUAGCAUGAGACAAUACUGA